GAGAUGUAAAUAAACUAGUUUCAACUUGGAUUGUUAUCACUUCUUUAUGUCGCUCUGCUUUUGAAAUGUUCUCUUUUGCUAUGAAUCGUUGAUUCUAGUUCCACAUGAAUAGCGGAGACGUUACGAUGUCAGCGGCAACACGAUUUAAAAAGCGUUGUGAGAAUUAUUCGAGGAAAGACAAAGAAAAACUCCUCGAACUCGUGACGAAGAGAGUGGAUAUUUUGGAAAGUAAAGUUUCUAAUUCCAACAUGAAUCUGCAGAAAGCCAUGUGUUGGGUGGAUAUUGCCAAGGAAUUCAACGAAGGAUCUUCGGAAAUUCGAGACGACAGGCAACUGAAGGAGCUGUGGAAACGUAUGAAGUAUAACUCUCGGAUGGAUUUAUUGCGAUUCAUGGAAAAAAGAAAUAAUUUGCGACCUGGAGAUAAACCUUUGGAUAGUUUAGACGAGUUUACGCUUAUUUUAGUUCGUUUGAUACCGGAUUACUUCCAAAUGGACAGCGAUCCGAAAGUUCGCCUCCAAUGUAGGGAAUUACUGUUGAUUGAUCCGAAGUUGUUUGAGCUUCGAGUCAACAAAAUUCACGAAAUUCUCAAUGAAUCAGAUACAAACGGAUCGAUAAAUAAUAGUAAUAGUAAUAUCACCACAACUACCACCGCCGCCACCACCACCACCACUAACAAUAACAAUAACAAUAUUAAUAAUAAUAAUAUUAACUUUAACAAUAACAACAGUAACGAUAACAGCGUUAAUUUUCAGAGAAUAAAUGAAAAUAGUUCUGACGAGGAUUUAAAAGUUUUUAGUAAUUUGCAACACCAAGCUCUACAUUCUUUAGUUGACGGGUCCAUGGAUGGAAGUUCUCAAGAUCAGCAGCAAAACUUUAUUUCGGAUACAAAUAUAUAUGUUAGCUCCGGUCUCAGCAAUGAUACUGCCAUCAAUAAACGGGCUGAUUCUUGCAACCCAUGUAACAAUUCUUCAGGAGCUAAAGACUUUGAAAAUUUUAGGAAGAGGAAAAUUCCACUUUACCGAAGUCUAUUAGAAGAAGAAAAUAAUGAAGAUAUCAAGAGACAGCUUUUAGAAAUGGCACAGAAAGAGAAUGAGAAAGAACUACUGCUUCUUGACAUUCAAGUUGAAUGUGAAAAACAACGAUUGAUAAAAGAAAAAAUUGAGGCUGAAAAUGCAGAACUAAAACAGCGAAUGUUGCUCCAAAUAUUAGAGAAUCAGACAAACCAAAGGAACUCCUACCCACCUUUGAUGUUCCAUUUAUGAAUGAAACCGAUGGUUUCUAAACAAUCAUAACCCAUGCCAGCAUGGAAAACAGACAGUAAAAGAUGAUGACGAUAUGGUCAAGGCAAGGAAGCUUACAAUGGGUUUUGUGUAACAUUUGUGAAUGAUUUACACUCUUUUUCAUUUUUAUGUUUGGUCAUUUUUAAAAAACAAAUAGCAUAGCAGCCCUCCAUUCACAGGAUUGCUGUUUAUUUUGUUGGAUCAACUAAAUGUGAUCAAACUAAACCUAAGAACAC